AACAGAGCGCGCAUGCGUCUUGCGCUGGCAGAAUCGCUCGAGACAGCAGAAUGCAGCGGCAUGCAGCCGAGGCGCGCGCGUGUGGCUCAGUGCGCCCCGAGCAGCCGAAGCGCGGGGUUUUACGAUGAGCUUCUCCGUCGCACCGACUGACACCCAGCCUCGAGACCGACCGCCGACCCCCCGCCGCGCCGCCGUUCCGGACCCCGACCGACCAUUCGGCCCGCCCGCACGAUGCCCGGGGGAAAGAGAGGGCUCGUGGCACCGCAGAACACUUUUUUGGAGAACAUUGUCCGGCGCUCGAGCGAGACCAGCUUUCUCCUGGGCAACGCUCAGAUCGUAGAGUGGCCCGUGGUCUACAGCAACGACGGAUUCUGCAAACUCUCCGGAUUCCACCGCGCUGAGGUCAUGCAGAAGAGCAGCACAUGCAGCUUCAUGUACGGAGAGCUCACGGACAAGAAGACCAUCGACAAAGUCCGCCAGACCUUCGACAACUACGAGUCCCAGUGCUUCGAGGUCCUUCUCUACAGGAAGAACCGAAGCCCGGUGUGGUUCUACAUGCAGGUGGCUCCGAUCAGAAACGAGAACGACAAGGUGGUGCUGUUCCUCUGCACCUUCAAGGACAUCACCGUGUUCAAGCAGCCCAUCGAGGAUGACCCCACCACAGGCUGGACCAAGUUUGCGCGGCUGACGCGGGCGCUGACGGCCAACAGGAACACCCAGCAGCUGCAGCAGCUGGCGCCCAUCAGCCAGCACGAGGUCACCACCACCACCCACAAACCAUCGCGCCUGGCCGAGGUGCUGCAGCUGAACUCGGACAUCCUGCCCCAGUACAAGCAGGAGGCCCCCAAGACCCCGCCCCACAUCAUCCUGCACUACUGCACCUUCAAGACCACGUGGGACUGGGUGAUCCUGGUGCUCACCUUCUACACGGCCAUCAUGGUGCCCUACAACGUGUCCUUCAAGACCAAGCAGAACAACAUGGUGUGGCUGGUGCUGGACAGCGUGGUGGACGUCAUCUUCCUGGUGGACAUCGUGCUCAACUUCCACACCACCUUCGUGGGGCCCGGCGGCGAGGUCAUCUCCGACCCCAAGCUCAUCCGCAUGAACUACCUGAAGACCUGGUUCGUGAUCGACCUGCUGUCCUGCCUGCCCUACGACAUCAUCAACGCCUUCGAGAACGUGGAUGAGGGUAUGAGCAGUCUGUUCAGCUCCCUGAAGGUUGUCCGGCUCCUCCGGCUGGGUCGCGUGGCCCGGAAGCUGGACCACUACCUGGAGUACGGGGCGGCCGUGCUGGUCCUACUGGUCUGCGUGUUCGGACUGGUGGCCCACUGGAUGGCCUGCAUCUGGUACAGCAUCGGCGACUACGAGGUCAUCGACGAGCUCACCAACACCAUCAAGAUGGACAGCUGGCUGUACCAGCUGGCGCUGAGUAUCGGCUCGCCCUACCGCUUCAACGCCAGCGGCUCCGGCAAGUGGGAGGGCGGCCCGGGGAAGGACUCGCUGUACAUCACUUCACUCUACUUCACCAUGACCAGCCUGACCACCAUCGGUUUCGGGAACAUCGCACCAUCCACCGACGGCGAGAAGAUCUUCUCCGUGGCCAUGAUGAUGGUGGGAUCCCUCCUCUACGCCACGAUCUUUGGAAACGUGACGACCAUCUUCCAGCAGAUGUACGCCAACACCAACCGCUACCAUGAGAUGCUGAACAACGUGCGGGACUUCCUGAAGCUGUACCAGGUCCCCACGGGUCUCAGCGAGAGGGUCAUGGACUACAUCGUCUCAACCUGGUCCAUGUCCAAGGGCAUCGACACCGAGAAGGUGUUAUCUAUCUGUCCUAAGGACAUGCGCGCCGACAUCUGCGUCCACCUCAACAGGAAGGUGUUUAACGAGCACCCGGCGUUCCGGCUGGCGAGUGACGGCUGCCUGCGCUCCCUGGCCGUGGAGUUCCAGACAACGCACUGCGCGCCGGGCGACCUCAUAUUCCACGCCGGGGAGAGCGUGGACACCCUUUGCUUCGUGGUGUCGGGGUCGCUGGAGGUCAUCCAGGACGAUGAGGUCAUCGCCAUCCUAGGUAAAGGUGAUGUGUUUGGAGAUGUGUUCUGGAAGGAGACCACCCUGGCCCAUGCGUGUGCCAACGUGCGUGCGCUGACCUACUGCGACCUGCACGUCAUCAAGAGGGAGGCGCUGCUCAAGGUGCUCGACUUCUACACCGCCUUCGCCAACUCCUUCUCCCGCAACCUCAUCCUCACCUGCAACCUCCGCAAGCGGAUCAUCUUCCGUAAGAUCAGCGAGGUGAAGAAGGAGGAGGAGGAGCGGCAGCGGGCGAAGAACGAGGUGCAGCUGACCAUCCCCCAGGACCACCCCGUCCGCAAGCUCUUCCAGAAGUUCAAGCAGCAGAAGGAGCUGCGCACCCAGGGCCCGUCGGGCUCCCAGGCCGACCUGGAGAAGAACCAGCUCCAGGGGGACCCGCAGCACCAGCAGCAGCACCUCCACCCCCACAGCCUCCAGCUGGGCCACUCCAGCCUGCAGCACUCCCUGCCUCUGUCCCGGCCCCCGCUGCAGCAGAACGGGGCCCCCCCCAGCAGCAGCGUGCUCACCGUGUCCCAGGUGACGCCCAUGCAGAGCUACGCCCCCGCCCCGGGCCCCGCCCCCGCCGCCACCAAGCAGAACAACCGAGACAUCAUGGAGCUGCAGCCCAGCGCGGUGACGGUCGCCGCGGGCGACGGCCCGGCCCAGGCCCGGCUGAAGGCCGCCGUCAGCCCCACGGCGGCGGCGCCGGCUCCGGCCCGGCCCGCCGCCCGCGGCUGGAUGAGGCUGAAGGGCAAUGUGGCCCCGCCCCCGGCGCCCGCGGCCGAGCCGCGGAGGGAGGGGCUCAACAACGCCCCCAAGGCGGUCUCCGUGGAGACGCUGUCCCAGGAGGAGGCGGGGGGGCGGGGCGGCGGGCGGGGGGAGCGGGAGGAGGGCGACGUGUCGGCCAACAACCCGCUCCGCAAGACGGACUCGUGCGACAGCGGCAUCACCAAGAGCGAGCUGCGCAUCGACCGGGCCGGGGACGCCCGGACCCCCGCGGCCGUCAGCCCCCUCCUCCCCGGGGGAGGGGGAGGGGGGUCUCCUCACCCCUUCUGCCCCAUCCCGGAGCAGGCCCUGCACGCCGCCCUGCACGAGACGCGCCUGGAGCUCCGCGGGGACAUCCGGACCCUGGGGGGCCGGCUGGGGGCGCUGGAGAGCCAGGUGGCCCAGAUCAUCAGCCUGCUGUCGGACCCCCGGCGGCCCUCCCUGGGGGGUCCUCCGCACCCCGCCACCUCCCCCCCCUCCUCCACCACCGCCGCCGCCGCCGCCGCCAUGACCGCCACGGCCGCCACGGCCGCCACGCCCAGAGCCAAGAUCAAACGGCAGGACAUCUUCACCGUGUCCAGACCCGUGUCCCCCGACUCGGAGAAGGAGGUGUCCGAGGGUCUCUGAGGGGGAAGGGGGGGGGGGUGCAGCGAUUUGAUUGGACUGGAGGGGGUUGCAUUUUUUUGAAGAACCUGGACUCUAUUCGGGUUGGUUCUGCUGCGCCAUCGGCUUCAGCCGCUUAACGCUAACUCUCUAAAGAAUAGACUAGCCUGCUGGAUAACUCCGCUAUCGACUGACUAGCCUGCAGGAUAACUCCUCUAACGACUGACUAGCCUGCAGGCUAACUCGGCUGUAGACUGACUAGCCCGCAGGCUAACUCGGCUGUAGACUGACUAGCCCGCAGGCUAACUCCGCUAUCGACUGACUAGCCUGCAGGCUAACUCGGCUAGAGACUGACUAGCCCGCAGGCUAACUCGGCUGUAGACUGACUAGCCCGCAGGCUAACUCCGCUAUCGACUGACUAGCCUGCAGGCUAACUCGGCUAUAGACUGACUAGCCCGCAGGCUAACUCGGCUAUAGACUGACUAGCCUGCUGGAUAACUCCGCUAUCGACUGACUAGCCUGCAGGCUAACUCGGCUAUAGACUGACUAGGCUGCUGGCCAACCUCCCGUCUAACUCAGCUUCAGACUUCUGGCUACUUGAACAUUUGCACAAAGACUCCUGGCGCGCGUUGAAGCGAGCACUAGCGCUCACAGUACUCAGUGACUCCUCUCCAUUCUCCUCUCUUUACUGUACAUACCUCUGUCUGCAUGACCAGCUGGUUACUGGCCUGCCAAAGAAAUUAUUUGACGUACGUUGUUGCCUGUACAUUAUGCAGUUGACUGCAUGCAAAAAGUGAUUUAAAGCGUGCCGCGAGUUUGGAUUGAGCUUCACUGUACAAAGGACUAUUUUUCAGCGAUCAUUUACUACGUGGACUUUCAGGGUUUGCAUAUCGGUAGCACUAUACCCAUACAUGCCCCCGAUUCCCACGCAGCUCCAGAUCCUGCAUGGAUUAUCUGCACACAGGCCUCCUCCUAUUGGGUUUAAAGGCUUAGUCUGUCUGGCCCCGCAGGUGAAAGGAAUACAAUCACUCUUUCCCUAAAACCGUCCAAGCGAAACACAGAAUAAGUCAGAGAGGUGGGACUUCCCAUUUUGAGGCGAGUCUUUGUAUACACGCCCUCGGGUUAGCGACGUAGCUACUCAAAGCGAUUUCUAUUUUUGAUGACACACAGACGGCGUUCGCCCAUUCCUCGCCAUCGGGGUUAAAAUCCCGAAGUUGUAAUUGUAUUUUUUUGCUCGAAUGCUCCAGUCGGCUCAGCGUGAGAAGCCAGGAGGUUCAGAACGCGGGCGGGGAUCUCGUUCUCCCGUUCGUAUCUGCAUGACGACGGGCGUGCGCUGAGCCCACCAGCCGCGAUCCACGCUCAACCGGUGGGGAAAUAAGAGGAAUAUCCCAGCCUGCCUUAGACAACCCCCCCCCCCCCCUCGGUAAUACAACAUGGAUCACUGUUCUCUCCAACUCACCGUUCUAGUCCUGCAUGACGACGAGUAGUUUUAUACUCUGCAGUGCAUUAUGGGAAGGGCCACAGCUCCUGAUGUUUUUGCACGCCGUACAUACACAUACAUACACAUGCACACACACACACACACACACACACACACACACACACACACACACACACACAC